AUGUUCGAUCUUUUUGCUGUGAAAGUCAUCAAACAAUGUGAUCCUCAAGAUGGUCUCAGCGAUAAUGUCCAGCUCGCCCACAAGUUGAACACUGGAAAUGGGAUCGCCAACAAAUUUGAUAUCAGUGAUUCUCACAAACGCGGUGGCAAGUUGCUUCAUUAUCGUGGCCCCUCAGAUGCUUCUAUCUCUCCGGAUGCUUGCAUUUAUUAA